CUGACUUCAUUUAAUUGUCUUCUCGCAGCCAUUGAAACUGAGAGCACAAGCUCUGGAGAGGACUUGCUUGUCCCCAGCCCCCCAUCCCCACCGCCACCGCCCCGCAUCUACAAGCCUUGCUUUGUGUGCCAGGACAAGUCUUCAGGAUAUCACUAUGGAGUCAGUGCCUGUGAAGGCUGCAAGGGUUUCUUUCGGCGGAGCAUCCAGAAGAACAUGUUGUAUACGUGCCACAGAGACAAAGUGUGCGUUAUAAAUAAAGUGACAAGGAACCGAUGUCAGUCCUGUCGACUCCAGAAAUGCCUUGAUGUAGGCAUGUCGAAAGAGUUGGUGCGAAAUGAUAGAUCAAAGAAGAAGAAGGAGGAGAAGCGGCCCGGGGAUUCGGAGAUCUAUGUGCUGUCAGCAGACACGGAGCAGAUGAUUGAACAAGUUUGCCGGGCCCAUCAGGACACAUUCCCCUCCCUUUGCCAGCUGGGAAAAUAUACCACGAGCAACAGCUCUGAGCACCGAGUUGCUCUGGAUGUCAGCCUCUGGGACAAAUUCAGCGAACUGUCCACCAAAUGCAUCAUCAAGACAGUGGAGUUUGCCAAGCAGCUCCCCGGCUUCACUACACUAAGCAUAGCUGAUCAGAUCACCCUGCUUAAAGCUGCCUGCCUCGACAUACUGAUUCUGAGGAUCUGCACACGCUACACCCCAGACCAGGACACCAUGACGUUCUCCGACGGCCUGACCCUGAACCGCACACAGAUGCACAAUGCAGGGUUCGGCCCUCUGACAGACUUGGUUUUUUCCUUCGCCAACCAGCUGCUCCCGCUGGAAAUGGAUGAUGCAGAAACAGGGUUACUUAGUGCCAUCUGCCUGCUCUGCGGAGAUCGUCAGGACCUGGAGGAAUCGGGAAAGGUGGAUGUUCUUCAGGAGCCAAUGCUAGAGGCCUUGAAGAUUUAUGUGAGGAGGAGGAGGCCCGAUAAACCCUGCAUGUUCCCCAAAAUACUGAUGAAGAUCACUGAUCUGAGGAGUAUUAGUGUGAAGGGAGCAGAACGAGUGAUCUCUCUGAAGAUGGAGAUCCCCGGCUCCAUGCCUCCUCUCAUCCAGGAGAUGCUGGAGAACUCUGAGGGGCUGGAGGGCCAUGGAGCAGGAGGGAAAGGAGUCGGAAAAGGAAGAGCAGAAGGCCGAGAGGAGGACAAAACAGAGCCUGAACACUUAUAUCGGAGUUUGUCACCCAACUCGGACAUCUCUGACUGCUCUGCUCACUCCCUUCCUACCUAA